AUGUCAGAGACGACCGAGUCUCCAAACCACCGUGCCCUGCGAGCUCUUGUCAGCCUGGUGCAGGGAGCAGGGGACGCGGAUUCGAAUAAUAUAAAAUGUACUGAGCGGGACCGGCAGCAGCAGUACGGGGGAUCCAUGGGACUAGCGGCACCUGCAAGUACUCUGCAAGUCACUCUUGGGCUGACGCCUGGCGGGCGAGAUACCGUCGAGAGACCUAUGCCACCAAUGCAAGGUACAGCCGUCGAUCAAGCCACCGCCAGCCAGUUCGAGUCAGGAGAAAACGAUGGCGAAAAGUUAGAAGAGCAGGCGGGCGAAUCAGCAGCCAGGUAA